AUGAGACCAGCAAGUUUAUCCACAGCUUCGGCAUUCCGCAGCCGCCGCCAUGUCCCGGCGAAGCGAUCAUCCUGGGUCUGCCCCUCGUGCACCCACGGGCAGACAUCGCGACGCCGUUUCGCGAGCUCCGACAGUAAGGGCGACAAGCCAUACUACGUGACGACGCCCAUCUUUUACGUCAAUGCAUCACCGCACGUCGGCCACAUGUACUCCAUGCUCCUAGCAGACGUCCUAAAGCGCUGGCAAGUCCUCAAGGGCCGGACCGCGAUCCUCUGCACCGGCACGGACGAGCACGGCUCCAAGGUCCAGCAGGCGGCGGCGAAGCAAGGUGUGCCGGCCAAGGAGUUCUGCGACACGACGGCCGAGAAGUUCCGCAACCUGGCAAAGGCCAUCGGCAUGACCAACGACCACUUUAUCCGCACGACAGACCAGGAGCACAAGGAAGCGGUGCAGCACUUUUGGCACCUGCUCAAGGAGCGCGGGUACAUUUACGAAUCCAAGCAUGAGGGGUGGUACUGCGUCAGCGACGAGUGCUUUUACGGCAACAACGAGAUUGAGCGGCGGGUCGAGCCACAGACGGGACGGACCAUUAUGGCGGCCAUCGAGUCCGGGAACGGGGUGGAGUGGAUCGAGGAGAAGAAUUACCACUUCCGCAUGACGGCGCUCAAGGAGAAGCUGCUGGCAUUUUACGAGGCGAAUCCGGAUUGGAUCGUGCCGCGGGCAAGGCAGAAGGAGGUGGUGGCGUGGGUGUCGAAUAACCUCGAGGACCUGUCCAUCUCGCGGCCGGUGCAGAGGCUGGACUGGGGCGUGCGGGUGCCGGACGACCCGACGCAGACGAUUUACGUCUGGGUGGACGCGCUCAUCAAUUACAUCACCAAGGCAGGGUUCCCGGGUUGGAGGCCGGGCCGCGAGCACGAGGGCGGAUGGCCGGCGGACGUGCAGAUCAUUGGCAAGGACAUUGUGCGGUUCCACGGUGUGUACUGGCCGGCGCUGUUGAUGGCGCUGGAUUUGCCGCUGCCGAAGCAGCUGCUUAGCCAUGCGCACUGGACGUUGGGGAAGAAGAAGAUGUCCAAGUCGCUGGGCAACGUGGUGAAUCCGUUCUUCGCGGUCGACCGGUGGGGGCUGGAUACGAUGCGAUACUUUAUGAUGCGCGACGGCGGGAUCGAGAAGGAUGCGGAUUAUGAGAACUCGCUGGUCGUCGCGCGGUAUCAGAAGGAUUUGCAGUCGACGGUAGGGAACCUGAUGAACCGGGUGGCCAAGAGCAAGAAGUGGAAGCUUCGGGACUCGGUAGUGUGGGCGGCGGAGAAGAAUGGUGGUGCGUCGACGAGUCACAAUGUUGAGGGCAGCGAGGGUUUGAAGGCGUUGAUUGACGAGAUGGCGCCGACCAUGUCGAAGCACAUGGACGAGCUGAAUCCCAACGCCGCCAUUCGGAGCGUUCUUCACGUUCUGUCCGAGGCAAACAAGUACAUUUCCGCCGCGGAACCGUGGAAGCUGGCCAACUCGACGGAUCCCGAGGUCCAGGCCGCGAAGCACGAGGUCAUCUACUACGCGUCGGAGGCCGUCCGCUCCGCCGGCAUUCUCCUGCAGCCGGUGAUGCCGACCAAGAUGGGUAUGCUGCUGGACAUGAUGGGCGUCGAUGCCGGUAAGCGCCGCUUCGAGGAUGCGGUGUUUGGGAAGGAUGUGACGUACGGCACGCCCGCGGUUGAUCUGGGUCGUCCUGGGGAGUUUAACAGCCUGUUUCCUCCUCAGCCGGCAGAGAAUUGA